UCAAUCUCCAUCCGUCUCCAUUAGAAUUCACCGUAACUCUGCGACGAGCCGCCGAGUCUCGACCUUCCGCUGCAGAAACACGCGGAGCCGCAGCGACAGGACGCCGCCGAUCACCUGCUGGCCCGCGCGCGUCCCCGUCGGUCCCCGUCGGUCCCGGUCGGUCCCGGUCGGUCCCGGUGUCUCCCCCGGUCGGUCCCGGUCGGUCCCCGUGAUGCCGCUCGCCUCCGACGCGGUAGUUAGUGUUUGAGUCCCGCAGACCUCCACGUCCUCCACCUCCUCCUCUUCCUCCUCCUCCUCUUCCUCUGGAUACUUGUGCCGCCGCUCCGCCGGAGGAGCGUCAGGAGAAAGAAGAAAACAAGUGUCUUGGAUCGCUCCCCUGUCCCGUCAAGCUGCAGCAUCGGGGGAAGCCGACCCACUGGCCGGAGCUGGGUGGAGCAGUGACCGCCUGUAGCAUGAUGUCCUACCUCAAACAGCCUCCCUACGGCGUCAACGGCCUGGGGCUCAGCGGCGCGGCCAUGGACCUGCUGCACCCCUCCGUGGGCUACCCGGCCACGCCCCGGAAGCAGCGGCGGGAGCGCACCACGUUCACGCGCUCGCAGCUCGACGUGCUGGAGUCUCUGUUCGCCAAGACGCGCUACCCGGACAUCUUCAUGAGGGAGGAGGUGGCGCUGAAGAUCAACCUGCCCGAGUCCCGGGUCCAGGUGUGGUUCAAGAACCGGCGCGCCAAGUGUCGCCAGCAGCAGCAGAGCGGCAGCAGCGCCAAGGCCCGGCCGCCCAAGAAGAAGUCGUCCCCGGCCCGGGAGAGCACGGGGUCGGAGAGCAGCGGGCAGUUCACGCCUCCCGCCGUGUCCAGCACCGGCUCGUCCUCCUCGUCCUCGUCCUCCACCAACAACCACACGGGUCCGGCGGCGGCGGCGCUCAGCAGCACCUCUACCUCCAUCGGCGCCGUCUCCUCCAUCUGGAGCCCCGCCAUCUCCCCCGGAAACGCCCCCGCGCCCGCCGCGGCCCCGCUCCCCGAGCCGGGGCCGCCGUCCAACGCGUCCUGCAUGCAGCGCUCGAUGUCGGGCUCCUCCGCCGCCGCCGCCACCUCCUACCCCAUGUCCUACAACCAGACGCCGGGCUACGGGCAGGGCUACCCCGCCCCGUCCGGCUCGUACUUCAGCGGCGUGGACUGCGGAUCCUACCUGGCGCCCAUGCACUCUCACCACCACCCCCACCAGCUCAGCCCCAUGACGGCCUCCUCCAUGUCGGGCCACCCGCACCACCACAUCAGCCAGUCGUCGGGCCACCACCACCACCACCACCACCACCAGGCGUACGGCGGCUCCGGCCUCGCCUUCAACUCCUCCGACUGCCUGGAUUACAAAGAGCAGAGCGCCGCCUCGUCGUGGAAGCUCAACUUCAACGCCACGGACUGUUUGGACUACAAAGACCAGGCCUCCUGGAGGUUCCAGGUCUUGUGAUCGGGCUUUUCUUCCCUCGCGGCCUCGCUCCCUUCCUGCUCCACUGCUCCCUUCUUCUCCCUUUUUUUUCUUCCAGAUUAGCGCAUUGCUUGUUUUUGCUUCUUUUUUUUAAGACAAAAAAGAAAGUUUAUGAACCGAAGCUCGGCAGUCGGACUUUUGUUUUUCCUCCCUCUCGUCCAACACGUCUUUUUAAAAAGAAAAGAAAAAAGAAUCCGUCCCUCGAGUCCUGAAGAGAAACGUCGGGAGCAGUUUCCUGACCAUGAAGAAUGGGGGGUGUAAGACCCCCCCCCCCCCCCUCCUCCACUUGGAUGAUCUUAAUAAAACAAAACUGUUUUUCAAAACGCCACAAAAAAUAAUUCAUUUCAACCAAACUCUCCGACCGGCGUCUCUGGAUGGAGGAAUAUUUUCCCGUCAUGGUGCAGCGGAACCUCCCGACCUGCACUGACCUCUGACCUCCGACCCCCAAUCAAACCCUGUGUAUAGUUUUUAUUUCUGAAAUUUGUUAUUUUUAGGAUGACAGAGAUUUUUAGUCAGCUGCGUUGAGGAGCUGAAAUUAUGUAAAUAUGUAUUUGGGUCAGUUACAGUGACCAUGUUUAGUUGGUGUUUUUUUUUUCUUCCCCCCCAAUUUUAAAUUGUUUAUUACGACUUUGGGAAAAAGAAACGAAAAAAAGAAAAGAAAAAAAACUGUAUUGUAAAUCUUUACAAAUAUUCCAAAGAGAACAAAUUGGCCAUAAAGUCCAGAUUUUUAUAUUCAUCGUUUUACUCGGAGAGAAAAAAAAAGUUUUGAGGUGGAAAAAAAAAAUCUAAAAAUCUAGAUGCAGAAAUAUUCUGGGCUUUUGUCCAGGUGACAUUUUGUUUUCCGGAUGAUAUAAUAAUUAUUAUUAUUGUUAUGAUGAUUAUGGUUCUAGCCUUCCUCCCCCUCCUCCUCCUCCUCCUCCUCCUCUCUGGGGCUUUGUCGUGAUUAUUGAACCGCAGCACUUGGCUUGAUAUUUGGAGUCAAAGCAUUUUAUUAAUUUUUUUUAAAAAUAAUUUUUGGAGAUGUGGAUUUUAAAAGCUCCAACAUGACAGUGAGAUGUUGAAUGUAUCUUGGGAGGCGACGACUCUUACAAACAUACAUGUUCAUCCAAUAAAGAUCCGUUCAGUCAUAUUUA